AUGAAACUGUUCAUUAUCUAUCUAUCUAUCUAUCUAUCUAUCUAUGAAACCUUUCAUUAUCUAUCUAUCUAUGAAACUGUUCAUUAUCUCUCUAUUAAACUGUUCAUUAUCUAUCUAUCUAUCUAUCUAUCUAUCUAUCUAUCUAUCUAUCUCAGCUUCGUCUUCUCAAGUGAUUUAUAUUUUAAUGGCGACAUCUCUCGUCCUAUUUCACUGAAACAGUUAAUAUUACCAUUGCCAUAUUCUUCUUCUUCUUCUUCUUCUUCUUCUUCUUCUUCUUCUUCUUCUUCUUCUUCUACUGUUCCUAUCUAUCUAUCUAUCUAUCUAUCUAUCUAUCUAUCUAUCUCCGUCUCUUCAUAUAUAUCUAUCUAUCUAUCUAUCUAUCUAUCUAUCUAUCUAUCACCUCCUCCUCCUCCUCCACUUUCUUCUUCUUCUUCUUCUACUGUUCCUAUCUAUCUAUCUAUCUAUCUAUCACCUCCUACUCCUCCCCCCUCCACCUUCUUCUUCUUCUUUCUAGCUAUCUAUCUCCUCCUCCUCUUCCUCCUGCUCCUCCUCCUCCUCCUUCUUCUUCUUCCAUCUAUCUAUCUAUCUAUCUAUCUAUCACCUCCUUCUCCUCCUCCUUCUUGUUCUUCCACUGUUCCUAUCUAUCUAUCUAUCUAUCUAUCUAUCUUACACCUAUCUAUCUUCUUCUUCUUCUUCUUCUUCUUCUUCUUCUUCUUUUUCUUCUUCUUCUAUAUAUAUAGACGAAUCAUUCUUUUUUCCUUUCUUUCUUUGCAUUUUUCUUUCCUGUUUUUUCUAUUCUUUUGUUAUCUUUUCUUUUUUCUUUCUUUCCUUCUUUCUUUCUUUCUUUCUUUCUACUUUGUCUUUUUCUUUACAUUCUUUCCUUUUGAUUUUUUCUUUCCCCUUUUCUUUCUUUCUUUCUUUCUUUCUUUCUCUUUACAUUAUUUUUUCCUAAAAUGUCUAUACCACUUCUUUCUUUCUUUCUUUCUUUCUUUCUUUCUUUUGUGUCUUUUUGUUUACAUUCUUUUCUUUUUGAUUUUUUCUUUCCCCUUUCUUUUCUUUCCCUCUCCAUUCCUUUCUACCUUCCUUCAUUUUUGCAUUCCCGCCUUUCUUUUUAGCAAGGCUUUUUUCUUCUUUUCUUUAAGAAUUUCCAUCCCGUUUCUUCAUUUCCUUUCUUUCUUUCUUUCUUUCUUUCUUUCUUUCUUUCUUUCUUUCUUUCUUUCUAUUUUGUCCUUUUCUUUACAUUCUUCUUUUCUUUUGAUUUCUUCUUUCAUUCUUUCUUUCUUUCUUUCUCUUUACAUUAUUUUUUCCUAA